GGACGCACAGCCACAAGGCAGUCGAGCGGCCGGAAGCGGCCUCUCUUUCCCGGAACCCCACUGCCUUGUGGGACAGCGGCUGGUUCCUCUCUUCUGGGCAAGUUUUUUCGUAUCCUGUGCCCCUGCUAGCCUCUUCGGGUACGGAAGCUGAGAAGGACAACCAUGGCGGCCCAUCUGAAGAAGCGGGUUUAUGAGGAGUUUACUAAGGUGGUUCAGCAACAACAGGAGGAAGUUGCUACUAAGAAACUCCGGCUGACAAAACCAAGUAAAUCUGCAGCACUCCACAUAGAUCUGUGUAAGGCCACCUCCCCAGCAGAUGCUUUGCAGUACCUGCUUCAGUUUGCCAGGAAACCUGUUGAGGCAGAAAGCGUGGAGGGAGUCGUCAGGAUUCUCUUGGAACAUUAUUACAAGGAGAAUGAUCCAUCUGUGAGACUGAAGAUUGCAUCAUUGUUGGGUUUACUGUCAAAGACUGCAGGAUUUUCACCAGACUGCAUUAUGGAUGAUGCCGUUAAUAUCCUGCAGAAUGAAAAGUCUCAUCAAGUCCUUGCUCAACUGUUGGACACUUUGCUUGCAAUUGGCACUAAACUCCCAGAGAAUCAAGCUAUCCAGAUGCGAUUAGUUGAUGUAGCCUGCAAGCACCUGACAGAUACCUCUCAUGGUGUAAGAAAUAAGUGUCUGCAGUUACUUGGAAAUCUUGGUUCUUUGGAGAAAAAUGUCACAAAAGAUGCAGAAGGCCUAGCUGUCAGAGAUGUCCAGAAGAUUAUAGGGGAUUACUUUAAUGACCAGGACCCACGUGUCAGAACAGCAGCUAUAAAAGCCAUGUUGCAGCUCCAUGAAAGAGGACUGAAGUUACACCAAACAAUUUACAAUCAGGCUUGUAAACUGCUCUCUGAUGACUAUGAACAAGUGCGCAGUGCUGCAGUCCAGCUUAUCUGGGUUGUCAGCCAGCUCUAUCCUGAAAGCAUUGUCCCAAUCCCUUCUUCUAAUGAAGAAAUUCGCUUAGUUGAUGAUGCGUUUGGAAAAAUUUGUCACAUGGUCAGUGAUGGCUCCUGGAUGGUUCGAGUUCAAGCUGCAAAGCUAUUGGGCUCUAUGGAGCAAGUCAGUUCUCAUUUCUUGGAACAGACGCUUGACAAGAAGCUGAUGUCAGAUCUGAGGAGGAAACGCACUGCACAUGAACGUGCCAAGGAACUUUACAGCUCGGGAGAGUUUUCCAGCGGCAGGAAGUGGGGAGAUGAUGCUCCCAAGGAAGAGAUAGAUACGGGGGCUGUGAACUUGAUUGAGUCAGGAGCUUGUGGAGCCUUUGUUCAUGGAUUGGAAGAUGAGAUGUACGAGGUCCGCAUUGCUGCUGUGGAGGCACUCUGCAUGCUGGCCCAGUCUUCACCCUCUUUUGCUGAGAAGUGCCUUGAUUUCCUGGUUGACAUGUUUAAUGAUGAAAUUGAGGAAGUACGUCUCCAGUCCAUACAUACCAUGAGAAAAAUCUCUAACAAUAUCACCCUUCGAGAGGAUCAGCUUGACACUGUCCUGGCUGUGUUAGAGGAUUCAUCUAGAGAUAUUAGAGAGGCUCUUCAUGAACUCCUAUGCUGUACUAAUGUUUCAACCAAAGAAGGGAUUCAUCUUGCACUGGUGGAGCUGCUAAAAAAUUUAACCAAGUACCCUACUGAUAGGGACUCCAUAUGGAAAUGCUUAAAGUUUCUGGGAAGUCGGCAUCCAACCCUGGUGCUUCCCUUGGUGCCUGAGCUGCUGAGCACCCACCCGUUUUUUGACACAGCUGAACCAGACAUGGACGAUCCGGCCUACAUUGCAGUUUUGGUUCUUAUUUUCAAUGCUGCUAAAACCUGUCCAACGAUGCCUGCAUUGUUCUCAGAUCAUACCUUCAGGCACUAUGCCUACCUUCGAGACAGUCUUUCUCAUCUUGUUCCUGCCUUGAGGUUACCAGGUAGAAAACUAGUGUCAUCGGGUCUUUCUCCCAAUAUCACACCUCAUGAGGAUCCUUCCCAUCAGUUCCUGCAGCAGAGCCUUGAAAGGGUAUACAGUCUUCAGCACCUCGACCCUCAGGGAACCCAGGAGCUGCUAGAGUUCACCAUCAGGGAUCUGCAAAGGCUUGGAGAGCUUCAGUCUGAAUUGGCAGGAGUAGCUGACUUCUCUGCUACCUAUCUUAGGUGUCAACUGCUUCUCAUUAAGGCCCUACAGGAAAAGCUGUGGAAUGUGGCUGCCCCUUUAUAUUUGAAGCAGAGUGAUUUGGCCUCAGCAGCAGCAAAACAGAUCAUGGAAGAAACCUAUAAAAUGGAGUUCAUGUAUAGUGGCGUGGAGAACAAGCAGGUGGUGAUUAUCCAUCACAUGAGGCUGCAGGCCAAAGCCUUGCAACUUAUAGUAACAGCACGGACUGCUCGAGGAGUUGACCCCUUAUUCGGAAUGUGUGAAAAAUUUUUACAGGAAGUAGACUUUUUUCAGAGGUGUUUCAUCGCUGAUUUGCCCCACCUGCAGGACAGCUUUGUGGACAAACUUCUUGACCUCAUGCCCCGACUCAUGACAUCCAAACCUGCAGAAGUGGUCAAAAUUCUGCAGACCAUGCUGCGGCAGAGUGCCUUCCUACACCUCCCCCUUCCAGAGCAGAUCCACAAAGCCUCCGCCACCAUUAUUGAGCCAGCAGGCGAGUCAGACAACCCUUUGAGGUUUACGUCUGGGUUGGUGGUGGCCCUGGAUGUUGAUGCAACCCUGGAACACGUGCAGGAUCCUCAGAACACUGUGAAGGUCCAGGUCUUAUAUCCAGAUGGCCAGGCUCAGAUGAUCCACCCUAAGCCGGCAGACUUUCGGAAUCCUGGCCCAGGGCGGCACCGGCUCAUCACUCAGGUGUUCCUCUCCCACACUGCCUGGACAGAACCCUGCCAGGUGGAAGUGAGGCUGCUGCUGGCCUACAACUCCAGUUCACGCAUUCCAAAAUCCCCCUGGAUUGAAGGUGGUGAGAUGUCACCCCAGGUGGAAACCAGCAUCGAGGGCACCAUCCCCUUCAGCAAGUCUGUAAAAGUUUACAUAAUGCCCAAACCCGCAAGACGCUGAAUCACAAGCAGUCUUUAUAGCUGUGGCCUAGAAGGCCCUUCUUGGGAUCAGAGUGAGCCAGAAGCCUGGAGCAUUUCACCUGGAAAUGGUAUAUAGGCAUAAGGAGGAACAUGUGACCCAUGCAGUCUCAUCUGUAUCAAGCAUUGGAUAAAUUAUAUUGCAUUAAUUAAGAACACAGAAACCUUCAAGGCUAUCCUGCCCUCCACCCCCAACCUCCAUAGCCCUGCCCCCAAUAAAGUUGAGACACCUAGCUGCUCUAGUCCCUGGUCCUUCAGGGAAUCUGUGUGGCUAUAGGUUCAACAUUUAUGCUACAUGUCUGCAUUCUUCAGGUGUGAAACAAAAAGAUCCAAUUUUCUAGCCACUUCCAAAGAACCAGUUAUUGGAGCCAUAAUCUUAUUUCUUAAAGCAACAGUCUGUUUGUCAGAGCCAACUCCAAAAGCAGCUUUCACAGGUUUGUUUUUUCACCAUCGACAGUUCCUGAAUGGCCCCAGACUUCGUUAUCUUGCUGAGAGUCUCCUUCCUUAACUCAGGCAAUGGCUGGCCAAGAACUGAAUGGACAUUCAUUCUUCAGGAAAAUUUUUGAUCUUGCCUGCCAUUAAAAUAUGAGAGAUGGGCCGUAUUUUAGAAAAGAAACCAGCAUUAUAGGAAAGAGGGAUCUAGUGUAAGAAGCACAGUCAUUUUCCAGUACUUCUCUGACGACUCCAGUGUUGGAGCUGCAUGUGAGUUAAAGAUGCAGCUGGGGUGUAAGAACAGUAAAGGCUAUGAACCAUGUGAGGGCCUGUGAUGUGUUCUUUACCUGUCAUUUAAUCCUUGUAACAGCCAAGUGAGUCUGACAGGUUAGGUCAUUGGUAGGAAUACUGUAAUAACACCUGUAUUCAUUCAAAUCCAAAAUGAGUCCAAAGGUCUGAGCUAUAUAUACCACAUCAGGAGAGGUAUAUGGAAAAGAACCUACAAAUCUCUCUUGUGCCUUAAUUUUCUUACCUGUAAAAUAGAGAUAAUUAUACUUUAUGGGUUGUUGAAUGGGUUUAAUUAAAUAAUGCCUGGCAGAAUCUUAAUCUCUGGCCAGUCUCGAUCAUAUUUGGUGCUUGGAAAGCUAAUAAAAAUAACAAGAGCAUACAGUUACUGAGAGUCAGAGCUGGAAUUUGAAUUCAAAGCACAUUUGACUUUUAGUUUAACACACCUAAUGUGUGCCCAGCAGUGUUGCAAACCCUUUAAUGAAUUAAUUCAUUUAAUCCUCAAAGCUACAGUAUGAAGUAGGUGCUAUUAUAAUAAACCUAAUAGUAGGUGCUAUUAUUAUUAAAGCAGUUGAAGUUCAGAUAAUUUAAAGAAGCCAGGAUUAUGGGAAAGAGAGAUCCACUCUAAGAAACAACACUUUCAGCUCCGUCUCUGACGGCUACAGUGUUGGAGCUGCCUCGUUGGCCUAGGCCGCAGAGCUGGUAAAUGACAGAGCUGGAAUUAGAACCUGGGUGGUCUGGCUCCUGGAGGUCAUAACUGCUAUGAAGAGACUAAAAGAAGAUCACCUCAAUGGCAUUUACUUUUCUUGUGUGCUCACUUACUUAGUACAUCUCAGUGAUGUGCCAUCAGUGUCAAAAGGAAGUCCUAAAGAAAAUUGCCUGCCUUGGAGAUAAAGUAAAGCUUAAAGCCAGGCUGAGUCAUACCAUGGCCCCGACACAAGCACCUAAUGAUGAUUACUGAGUUGAAGCACGAAUGAAAACAUCAAGAAAAGUUGCUGCUAACUGAGCCUUCCAUGCCAUAGCUAUAGAAAGCCUUCCAAGGGAAAAAUAUGCUGAAUCCUUUUCAGGUACACUGCUCCUUUUGUAAAAAUCUUUCUCAGUUAUUCCCCAUUUUAUAGGUGGGGAAACUGAGAGUUUGAGUCAAGUCUUUCUUCUAAGGGGCAAGGGCAGAAUUUGAUCCUAGGUCUUAAGACCCGAAAUAGUACUUUUCAGAUCAAAGGUGAAGAGACACAAAGGGGCAAAUUUUGCCUUAGUAGCAGCUAGGAUGGGUUUUUAAAAACUGUAAGAAUUGAAUGGGUUAUCUUAGAAGAUCAGGAAUUUUCAAUGCUGAAUGUGUUCAAUCUGAGGUUGAACAAGCUCCUGACAAGUGUGUCCUAAAGGAAUUCAAGUUAUCACAUGAGGGGUAGAGCUCAGCCUUUUAAAUUCUUCUUUCUCUGAAUUCUCUGUGAAUUAUGAGAAUCUUGACCUUUCUGACAAAGACCUGGGAAGGGGGCAUAAAGAUGGCUCUAGUGUGGCAUCCUCAUUUAUAAGUGACUGUGCAACCAGAGAGACUGAGUUAGUAGAAGCAAGUCUGGAAAUCAGGCCUCUACAGGGGUAUGUUCUGCAUUUUCAGUGGCCAACCGUGUACCUGGUCAAAGCUGGAAACUGUGUCACACUGGACUCUAUCCUUACACUUCAUGUAAAACUGGCCAUCACGUCCUUGAGAUUCUGGUGCUUUAAAUGUUUCAGUCCUCUUUACUCAAUGUGUCUGUCUUGAUGCAGCCUACAUCAUCACUCUAGAAGUGUGAGAUUAGUUUCCUAACGAACUGCUUGCCUCAAAUCUUUUCCCCUUCAACCCACUCUUCACACAGGUGCCAGAGUAAUCUUUCCAAAAUCCAGAUCUGAUCACAUUCAUUCACCUGCUUGAACCUCAAGUGGGUUACUUCUUGGCUCCAGGAUAAAGUCUAAUCAGUCCUUGAAGAAUCUUCAUCCCCUGCUCUCCUCUUCAGCCUCAUACUCCAUGUCCCCAACAUUCUCUGUAGUUCUCCCGCUGUAGAGGAUUAUCUGUAGUUAUUCCUGAUUGUCACCACGCAGUCUCUUGCCUCACACCUGGACCUUGGAAUGUGCUCUUCAGAUUGUCUCCUGUGGUUCCUUUCUUUUCAUUCUUCAGGAGUGAGCCUCAUUCUGGAACCUGUCUGUGUCUCCUGUGAGCUUGAUGCAUCGCCUUUAUGUUCCCACAGCCUUCUAUCCAUUUUUCAACCAUUGUAUUUAUUGCAGGUUCACAAAUGCCAACCCCUGAAGCAGGUAGGCAGGGGGGAAAAAAAGGCAAGUGGCUUUGUAAAGCUAAUAAAUGCCUCCUCUUUUUCGAAGUUAUGAAAAAGAAUAAUACAAUUUUAAAAAAGGAGUGGGUCAGUGGCUGUAGGAAAAUGAUAGACUGAAGAAUCAGCAGAUUCUCUGUCUUGAUGAAGGCUGUUCAGCUCCACUCAGCUGUUCAGUUGUUCAUAGGUAUGGGCCUGGUCAGAUUUUCUAAUUCUUCCAGAAAAGCCAGUAACCUGCAUUUUCACGUUAAAAAAAAUAUAUCCAUGUAAAAAAUUGUGUAAGUCAAGUAAAUGUUCAGAUUACUCUGAGACCAACAAAACCUGUCUCCAGGGAGAUUUGUGACAGUGUGCAGCUUCUGCAUCAUCACUGUUUAUAUGUCUGUUUCUCCCAACCAGUCUGAAUAGCUGAAUGUCUGUGUUGUAUCCCCAGCGUAGCGCCUGGCACAUACCAAGCAAGGAAAGAAUGAAUGAGUCCAUGAGUCCAGAGCGAGGUUGACAGUACCAUGACAUGCCUGCAAAAGCCAGCCCUGAGAGUCGGACUUGUGAAAGGACUGUAUGUUUGUCUUUGACGUAAUUGACCUCAGCAAACAGAAUUGAGAAGGUACACACCUAACACAUGACAAGACUUUUCUCAGGAACCGCUCAAGCUAGGAGAAAUUAAGUGUCGGCAGAGCGAGGGCUGUGCACGCAACUUACAGAUUGAAUCAAAGGGUGUGUGACUAAGACGUGGGACUCAGUAUAGUGUCAUGGAAAAAGAGCUUCUCUCCCAGUUCUUUGAAUUUCCAGCACUGACCAUGCAGAAGAGAUUCAGAAGUAGGGGCUAUUGCAGGUUUGAUACAAAGUUUAAUAACUUCACUGCCAGGUACUUCUGUCUCUUAAGAAGUUUGUACUAAGUUAUGUUUAAUGUAGAGACGACUCACUUAGGAACACCUAAUUACACCCACACCUAAUUCAACACCUACUGGAGCUGUCUUAUCUUACAUUUGACAGAAAAAAAAAAUUCUUUUAUCUCAUCACCCAGAAAAAUAGUCUGAAUUUUUAUCAGACAUAAAAAUUUCUUGUUAUAUGUAUCUGGCUUUCCGAGCUGAGGGAACUGUGAUCUAGAAAGACCCUGUCAUCUGACACACGGUUGGUUGUGGAAAGGGCACUGAGCAUGACCUUCUCAGACUCUUGGCUGGGUGUUAGGUCUGUGAGAAUCUAUCUCCUACAGGUCUUCUAAGGUGGUAGAAAGAGAUCAAGACACAGGGUUGGGUUCUAAUCCUGCCUUUGCCACUUUCUUGCUGGGUAAACUUGGAAAGAUCACUUUCCAUGGCAGUUAUCUCAGCUCAUGUUUUCUUGCCAAGCCACAUCUUAAGUUGAUUGGCUGUCCUUAGGUCAGAUGCCCAGUGUGGCCAGUCAGGUGACAGGACCAUGUGGAGCAAAAAUCAACUUUCCGGGCCGUGGCUUCAACAAGGGUGGGGGUGGAGCAAUUUUAUUCAGCUAUGACCAUGAUCGAUAGCAUACCUAGUUAAUGUCUGUUGAAAAGUUCCCAAAUAUUUGGUGAAUAAAUGAACCACUUGUUCUUUAAGACCUGUGUUACAUUCUUAGUGAUGUCUCCCCUAAUCUUCCUCCUAUCUUGGUAGGGUAAGUUAGUCUCCCUUUGUGCCACCACUGGAUGUUAUAACUAUUAUAAUGUUAACACACUGUAUCAUUGUCUUGUUUAUUUCUCUCUCAGGUAACUCCUGAGGGCAGGAACUAUGACUUACUCAUUCCUAUAACCCUAUGAUCCAGCAAUAAUUUGUCAUAAGAAUAUUAGUUAAAGACUUUGAGUAAAUGAGUAUGAAAGAGAAUUACUGAAUAAAUGAGUGAGUGAAAAGAGUAGUUAAUUCCUUUGGGCACCAACAUCCUAGGAAUCUAUGAAAUAAUAAGCUGCUAUAUUAAGAACCAUAAGAUAAAACCAGUUAGCUUUACACAGCAGCCCCCUUAGGAGAAAGAUAAUGACAAUGGUUUCAAUUUAUUGAGCCCUUAAUACAUGCCAGGCAGAGUGCUAAGACUUUCUGUGAAUUACCCCACUUAACACCUGUGAUAACUUCAGGUACUAAUAUUAUCCCUAUCUGACAUGAGAACAGUGAAACACUGAGAAAUUAAAUAAAUGCCCAACUAAUGAAUGGCAUUGGAAGCCACAGGUCAAAGUCAAGGCUAUUGGACACCAAAGCCAAUACUCGUAACUUUUAUUUUCAAGAGGGGGAAAAAUGAAAAAUAAGGCAAUGCUGAUAACUGUUAUUAAUUCUAUUAGUCUAUCAUAAGGUUUUGGAAAGGUCACUUGGUAUUUAAUAGAACCAAGGCCAUCCAUGCCAGUAGGGGCCAUCAGAAGGCAUGUAGUCCAGCUCCAUCAUUUUAUAGUGAGGGAAUCUGAGGUCGAGAGGACUGGCAAGACUCAGGUUUAGUUAGUGGAACAGCCUGUCUAGAACCUGAGUAUCAAGGCAUAGGUCCUUUCACUGUUACUGAAGUGUUGCUUCAGGGCUCUGCUCAUGUUAUUGCACAAAUAAAUUUUCCCUUUCCACAUACCUGAA